AUGGGUGAUCAGAAAUUAUCUUUUAUUCUCUGCUGUAAAUGUGGCGUUCAAAUACAUUCAAAUGCUGCAAAUAUGUGUUUCACAUGCCUAUCAAGCGAUGCAGAUAUCGCUGCUCAUAUUGAUCGCCAAAACACUGUAACGUUUUGUCCAAAAUGUGAACGUUAUUUGAGUCCACCGUCUAACUGGAUCUGUGCCGAACCGGAGUCACCAGAGUUACUGGCAUUAUGUAUCAAAAGGAUUCGGGGGCUUAAAAAGGGCUUGGAUGUUCGAAGUGCCAGGUUCAUCUGGACAGAGCCUCAUAGCAGAAAAAUAUCCAUAGAGGUAACUGUACAUGGUGCUUUGCAAACUGGUGAUCGCGUUGAGCAGCAGAUUCUGAUUGAUUUCGCAGUUCACUCACAACAAUGUACUUCAUGUACUCGUAGUGCUGCCAAAGAUUAUUGGAAUGCCUGUGUUCAAGUUCGUCAAAAGGUGGAUCACAAAAAGACAUUGUUACACUUAGAACAAAUUAUUCUUCGUUCUGGUAUGCACAAAACUUGCUCCAGUAUUAAGCAAGUCUCAGGAGGUAUUGACUUCUUUUUCAGCACACGCUCACAGGCGGCUGCCUUUGUAAAUUAUCUUUCAAAACGUUCACCUUGCCGCUAUCAAACUGCACAACAUUUAAAAUCACACGAUGUACAUAGCAAUACAUACAAUUACAAGUACACAUUUUCUCUAGAAAUCGCACCAGUUUGUAAGAAUGAUGUAGUCUGUUUGUCAAGAGCGCAAUCACAUAAACUUGGUGGCAUUGGUCAACUGUGUAUUGUUACUAAGCCAAUUCAAACCAUUUUUUAUGUUAUUUCGUUAUCCACAUUUAACAGUCUCUUCUUGCUGUAUUAUUCCACUUCAGUUUGUCAUGUAGAUAGUAAGGCUUAUUUCUCAUCUCCAUUCACAUCCAUAACAACACAAAAACGUCUGUCUCCAUUCGUUGUGCUUGAAAUCGAAGCGGAAGAAGAAGAAAGACGUGAUUCUAGCCAAAUAAAUUCUUCAAGGAAAUCCCAUACUACUUCAACCACUUCAUAUCCGGUGGGCGCUAAGUUGUCCAAAAAACAUUCACCAAUUUCUGUUUGGGUGAUGCGAGAUCCAAGUGACGGAGCUGAUUUAGCUCAAUUGGACAGUGAAUCGGGUGAUGGUAUGAUUCAUACCAGAUCACAUCUUGGUCGUAUUUUGCAUCCUGGUGAUAAAGUGCUUGGGUUAGACUUAAGAAACUGCAAUAUUAACCAUCCGGAAUUUGAAAAACUUCCAGAGGAUAAAAUUCCUGAUAUAAUCUUAGUCUUACGUCCUAGUCAGCAAAAAUCUUCAGUUGAUGGUGGUGGCGGUGGUGAAAAUGAUGGCCCGAGUAAACAGAAACGUAUCCGAAAGCAUUCAUUUGGUUUAGUAGAUUCUGAAGUGGAUACGUCUUCACAGGUAGGGCAUACAGAUUAUUCAUCAGGAGAUGAUGAUGAUUAUGCCUCAUUUGACGACGAAGAAGAGAAUGGUGAUGAGAAAUUUGAGCAUUUAGACAUGGAUGUUAACUGGGAAGAUGCUAGUGAGGAUCCAUUACAGAACUAA